AUGGAUAGCGCAGAUGACGUUGGAGUGCCUGUGCGACGAAAGCAGAAGAAGCACUUCUUGGAGGACUCGCGUCUUGUCUGGGAGCUGCUUGGCGAUGAACCCUCCAGCGAUCGAGGCUGCCACGACCUCCAUCGUGAUGCUCUGGGUCGUCGCGGCAGCGGCCUGUGCCGAGGCAGCGACUCUGUCCCCCUUUGCCUUGGGCAGAAGGCAAGAAGUGUGUCGCCACAGACACAGGUGAGCCCAAUCAGCCCACUCCAAUCGCCGCAUGGGCAGAGCCGUGCGGUUCCAGACGAAGUCGCAGAAUACGGCUUCACCCGGUUGAGAAAGUCGCCUCAUGGUGGACGCCGUGACGCUUCCCCGCUGGCGUGGCCCGAACCAUCAGAAGGCUUCCCGUCCCCCACACCCAGUUAUCGUGCGUGUUCGAGGCGGCAGGAUUCAAGGCAAGCGCGAGCAUGCCUGGAGUUGUUUGCGCCGGAUGCAGGUUCAGCAGCGCCGUCGUCCAUGCCAAGCGCACGCAGCCGGAGCAGCCAAGGUUGGGUGGGCUGGGGCCAGAACGAGGUGACCGAUCGUCGCGAGCAGGAGAGAGUACUUCUGCAGGAGGAGGUUCAAUCCGGAAUGACGAGAAGAUCGGGACGCUGUAUGCGAGACGGCAGCUUGAGGAACGUGCUGAGGCACACAGGUGUCCCACAUCCUUCAAGUUGUGAUGACCUUCGGCAGGACAAGAUCCUUCCUCGGAGGGGUAGUCGAUCGGCCACCCACAGAAGCUCAUCACGAAUGGCUGCAGUGUUGUCACCGUGCCGUGCACAGGAAGAGUUCCCCUCUGCACGUGCCGAGACCCCGCACUCAAGACGGGCUGGCAGCAUGCACAAAGCGUCUGAUCUCUGGGCACCAUGGCUCCUCAACUACGAGAAGGAGCUACAUGAACAGCGCACCCGCCUUUCAAGCGCGAGCAUGGAAGGCCGUGCAGGCCGGCCGGCUCCCGCUCCAUUCCCUUGCGGCGGCCUCCACCUUGCGGGAGGCAGCGUGCGCGACACUGGCAUCCGUCGUGGCAGGUCGCCUGAUGCGCCAGCCUGGGAUGCAGCUGGAAAGGCUGCGAAGGGCAUCUUCGAGAGUUCGUUUGACAGAGUUCUAGAAUGGAUGGAGGUCUCCGAGCCCAUCGAGGACAAGUGCGCAGACGGCAUCCAGUGGUUCAAGGCACCAGAGGCGAUGCCGUUGAGAUCGGCUGGCCCAGCGAAGAGCGCCAGGUCGUCCAGAAGGGAAUCUCCAAGGAGGGCGGAGGAGGACCAGGCGAUGGCCCCACACAGCUCGCCAAGCCGAUUUUACGAGCAGCCAUCCCGUCUGCAUGAGCAGCUGGCGCAGGAGACCUUCUUGGUCGCUCCAGCCAGCGGUCGAGCUGGAAAGCCCACGGACCUCGGGUUCGACGCACCAAAGUGGCCUGCAGUCGAGUCACCACGAUCGCACGGCUCAGUGUUCCCGCAGUCGUUGUCGCCACCAGCGCUGUUUGCUCCGGUAUUGUGA